AUGACUUCGUCUUCACAUCCACCUGCUUUUGAUGGAACCGAUUACCCGUACUGGAAGGCUCGCAUGAGUGCCUUUCUCAAGGGGAAAGGGAUUGCGAUUUGGAAUAUUACAAUUGAUACGACUUAUGUGAUUCCAGCUGAUCCCUCAAAUGCAGCUCACGCUACAAAAUAUGAAAACAAUAACAAAACUGUAGAUUUUCUCUUUGCUGCUUUGAGCAAAUCUGAAUUUGAUCGUGUUUCUGACAAACAAGUUGCUCAUGAGAUUUGGUCUACUCUACAAAAUUUUCAUGAGGGCACCAACGCAGUGAAGAUCCGGUUAUUUGAAACUUACAGGCGCGAAUAUGAUAAUUUUAUGCAAUCGCCUGGUGAGUCUAUCGAAAAUCUUUUCGCUCGAUUUUUGAGUCUUGUCAACAAAAUGAAAGCCAACAUAACGGUUAUGCCGUAUGAUGAUCAUGCAAGGGCUCUCAAAUUGUUGCAUGCACUCGACUUGGAUGUUUGGGGCACAAAAGUGGAAGCGAUUGUUGAGUCUACUAAUUAUGAGACUCUUACAACUGAUGAGCUUUUCAGUAAGCUUAAAUCCAAAGAGAUCGACAUCCAAUUUCGAAAAAAGCUUAACAAUCCCACAGCUGGUUCUUCUUCAAAUAUUCCAAUGGCUUUGGUUUCUGGGAGUACUAACACUAAUGCUAAUCUUUCAUCUACUCCUAGUUUUGCUUUGUCCUCCUUGUGUCAUAUUGCAGAUGAUGAGUUGGAGGUAUUUGAUGAUGAUCAGCUUGUUUUGCUCACCAACAAGUUCAAGCGGGUAUAUGAAAACAAGCGAAAUAGAAGGCGUUCAGAAGGAUGCUUCAACUGUGGUGAGCGUGGACACUUCAUUGCUGAUUGUAGAAGCAAGGUGAAGGCACCGGAGCAUGGCAACAGCUACAGGCGCCAGGAACAAUCAAGGGACAGGAAGAACAAGAGUGAUAGGCGUGGGAGAAAGAAGGGACAACAGAAGUUUACUGACAAGCAAAUCAAGAAGGCUGCACAUGUUCUCUUUUCUUCGCUGGGUAGCUUUGAUUCAGAUGCCUCCUACAACUCUAGUGAUUCAGAGUCCGAAGAUGAGAAGCCCAAAAAGACCAAUGAUGGAGGACUCUGUUUUCUUGCUGACAUCAAGGGAGGCAUGUGCACUAUGGCUUUAAAUGAGGGUGAUGCAUAUGACUGCAGCAACGACUCUUCUGAUAAUGAGGUACAAAAUUCUGCUGAAGAAGAAAUUGAAGAGUUGACUAAACUUGUUGAUAAACAAAAUAAAAUUCUAGCAAGACUUAAGGCUGAUCAUGAUAGAAUAUCUGCUGAAUUAAAAACACUAAAAGAUGCUACACCUGCUGCUGUAGAAUGUGAGGAAUGUUCUAUUCAUAUGGUUUCUAUUUCUGAAUUGCAAUCUAAGCAUGCUGUUUUAGUUGAUAAAUUUGAUUGUGCUAAGAUUCAAUUGGAAGAACUUCGCUCUCGUUCUGUUUUACUUGGUGCUUGUGCUACUUGUCCAAUUUUGCAAACUGAGUUGAAUGUUGCUAAAUGCCAUAUUGUUCAGUUGGAGAAACACACUUGUCCUGUUUUACCUGAGUGUUUGACUUGUCCUACUUUUGUUGCUGAAAUUUCCAUCUUAAAGAAGGACAAUGCUGCUUUAGAAGAAGAAAACACUCAUUUGAGAACAAUCCUUGAUGGUGAGAACAAUGGGCCUACUCCCAGUGAGAAGAGUCCACCGGUCUCACCUGAAGGUUUUGUGGUAGAACCUCCCAAGUCUGUUCCUAAAAAGCAGGAUGGAGGCGAGGAGAACAUAUGGAUAAUGGACUCUGGUUGUUCGCGUCACAUGACCGGAGAUGAUAGAUGGUUCUCCAGCCUCACCCCCGCGAGCGGUAAAGAAUACAUUACAUUCGGGGACAAUAGUAAAGGAAAAGUGAUGGCACAUGGCUGUAUCAAGGUAACCAAUAAAUUCAUGCUAAAGGACGUCGCGAAGGUGAUGACAGAACGACCGGGAAAUUUGGACAAAUUUGAAUCACGUUCUUCUGAUGGGUUGUUCUUGGGGUAUGCUUUGCAAGGGCGAGCUUAUCGGGUUCUUAAUCUUGAUACUAAUCGCAUCGAGGAGACAUGUGAGGCCACCUUCGACGAGACGAUGCCUUGUUUCUCUUCUGCUUUUGAGUGUGCAGGUGAUGAUGAGAUUGGACAAAACAUUUUUGAAGAUGAGGUUGAUGGACUUGACGAUGAUGAUGAUGCAACAGAGGAUCCAGCUGUGCUCGAGGCAACUCCCAUUUAG